AUGGCGGACUCAGCAGUGGUACGAGGAGAGUUUAUCUACCGCGACGUGCUGCUUGUCGACGUGGGCGGCGAAGGCAAGAGACAUGCUCGAGCGGCUCCAUCAGAAAUUCGGGACCUCUUAAGUGGCAAGGCCAAAGACCAAGUCGGCCAUUUUUAUGAAGCGCAACUCAUCCACUAUGGCCUUCAGCGCUCCAAGGUCAAGGACACGGCGAAAGUCCGCCUGCAACAAGCGCUGUCCCAAGGCAAGCUGAAGGCUCAGCCGGCACAUCUGGCCGAUAUGGAAAGCUCCAUGAAAAAGGAGUACGCCGCGGCAUUGCGCAGAGCCUCGAAAGCAGAUUCUGGGAAGGGCACGAAGAGGGCGCGAGAAGACGACGUCGAGUCCUCCGCGAAGAAGACCAAAGUCAGUGUUCGAGUCGGCGACAUUUCUAUCGACAUCGACCAGGCUGGUGCUACCUCUUCAAAGAAGCAGAAAACAACGCCCGCCAAAGUUGAAGCUCCAAAACAGCUCACCAAGACUCCUGCAACGAAGGCAAGUCAGGCCAAGUCGGCAGUUGCUACCAUGACGCCACAUGCAGGCGUUCAGAAGACUCCAUCAGCUGGUCGUACAAAGCAGACCGCCCGCAAGUCAGCACCAUGGAGUGGUCCAUCUUACCAAGAGUUUCCAGACGGGCCUCGACAAGAUCCACGCAAUGACCCGGAAAAUGUCUUUCAACGCUCAUCGGGUGGAACCCCGAAGACCUCAGCUACAACAAAGAAGGAAGCGAAUGUCAAGAAGGAACCUCAUAUCAAGCGAGAGCCAACCGGACCUCGGAGCACGCCCAGCAUCCGGCGCGCUUCGCCCAUCAAGCAUGAAGGCUAUCUCUUCGAUCCGGAUGCCAUGGAUACUCGAGCCGACAUUUCCGAACGUCAACUAAACAUUACUGGCGUCUACACGAUAUCCUGCCCUCAAGUCGCCGAGCAGCUUCCAGAAGAAGCCGACAACUUCCGCCUGUUCAUCUGCGUCGACAAUGAGAGCGGAAUUACUUGGGGCGGCUUCGAGAUUGCGAUGAAGUCUGGCAACAUCAAGAUGGACGACAUCGACUUUGCCAGGUCUGUGAGUUUUGGAUGGCGUGCGAGGGAUAGUUGGGAGGGCGGCCUGAGAUUCGGAAAGGGCUGCUUUGGGGAAAUCGCCUUUGAAGGCAAUGGCAAUGUUCGUGGCACGUUUCACGGACUCUUUAACGAAAGUAUGGAGUUUACUGGCCGCCGUCGCACAGGACCACUCUGGGCGGGAAAGAGUGCAUACAAGUUCAAGCAGGAAUGGGAUGCAUUUCCCAAGGAGGCAUAUGGUGACUGA